GCGUAAUGAACGCAUUUCCACAUCGGGUGGAAGCAGCAGUACUCCGGGUUUCACUCCGUAUUCACGCGUUCGAAGGAAAGCGCGCGCUGUCUUCAAAUCGGUACUAUUUUUAAAUCGUCUUUGAGUUAUUAGAAAUUUGUUGAAUUUAUGACUGACUGUAAUUCGAUAGUGAGAUAAGAACAUUCAUGUUAAGUGCCAACAUGUGAGUGCAGUGAGGUCUGGAUAGCGCUUACAGACAGUUACCAGCUCCCAAGUGCAUCAGCGGUCCCGUGCACUUUAUUUUUUCAACUUGACUCCUCAAAACGAACAACAUGAAACUACUAGUGCUAGUUGCCAGUUUGCAUUUGGCUCUGGGGGCGUCCAUUGUUGAUGUGACUUGUCCUGAAUCCUGCACCUGCCAAAUACAGGAUGAACGAUUGGAAACUUCAUGUGACUCCUACGAGUUCAUCAAGAAACUCAUCCCGAAACAAAUAUCAACAAUAGUGCGUUUAAAUAUCAACAAUGCGUCGAUAAUUAACGUCGAUUCCAAGUUGAAAUAUUUAAAAAAUUUGAACUCUUUGGAUUUAUCAAGAAACACAAUCACAUCUCUACCAUCACAAUUCCCUUAUUUGCCAAAAUUGAAGAAUCUGAACUUGAGUAUGAAUUACUUGAGUCGUGUUGAGUUCUCACAACUCCCGAAAAAUCUACAAGUCAUUGAUUUAUCACACAAUUUGAUUGAGAAUUUCCCAAAAGACUGGACGUUUUUGAAAGAACUGAAAACUAUUUAUUUUCAUGACAACCCCAUUAAUUGUGAUUGUGAUAACUUAUCAGUUUUUGAACAACUCAGAAACGCUGGAAUUAUAUCAGAGAACCUCACAUGUGACCUUCCCAAGGAGUUUCACGGCCGAUCAUUAGAUUCAGUUAACUGUUUCUUGAUCAAAGAAAAUUUGUUAAAUUCAAUGUUGGGUGACGAGGCUGGUUCAGGCCAAGACGAUUUUGAAGCCAAAGAAGACACUCCAUUAGACGAACAAGAAGAAUUUUUCAAAGCUGAAGGUAUUACCCAAACUACGGAAGAUCUUACAGAAGGUAGUGGUGAUGAGGGAAGUGGUGAUACUCCAAUCCUGCCAAUUGAACCAAAAGCUUGCCAUUUCAACUGUUCAACUGCCAAUCCUAUUGGAAUCCACGACGAAAUUAAUGCUUCUCCUGCCCCCGACUUGAAGGAAGGAGUAAAAAUAGUUUUCGAAGAUGUUCUCCAACCAGAACCAGAACCAGAAACCACAACAACGACCAAAAGUCCUGUCACUGAAGAGAUCCAAAUCGGAAAAGAAGAACCAACAUUUGUCAAACAAUCAGACAAAAGUGAAGUUGAGAUGUUCCCAACUAAUGACACCGUUGUUGGUGAAAUGGAACGAGCAAGUUUUGAAAAUUCAAACACUCAUUCUGUUUAUAUAGUGGUGGGUUUAGUGAUAGCUUUGAUUGCGUUCCUGAUCGUCUACUAUGUGAAUCGGAAGAACCAGAAGCGGAAGAAUCAACGCAAACGAAACAAAUCGAAUGAAAACGGCUUUGGGGAAGAGAUGAAACCUUUGGGGAAGUCUUUGGAGGCUAAAGCUCCAAAUGAAAACAACACCAAAUUGCCGAACGAGACAGCGCCUUUGUUGAAUGGCAAUGGUAAAGCUAACGARGAUGUUGAAUUGCGUAAAAAAGAUUCGUUGUCACCUCAACCUGAACGAGUGACGAUUAAAGCAUCAGAGCUUCCCGAUUCAGUUCCGAAGACUCCAAUUCUUGUCCAUCGUCAAAUAAAUAGUAACGGCGAAGUUGUCACAACGACAAUGCCACUUUAUUCCAACUAGAAGGUACUAGUGAUGUGAAUACCUCAGUAUUUAAUAAAAGAAUACGUAUGUGAUAAAAUAAUCUUAUGCGGUCGUUCCUAUAUUUUAGUCUUCGACUUGUCCAAGUCGAUACUUACGUAAGUUCGCAAUUUUGACUGUUCGACUGUUAUAGGCUAUUGUAUAUUUACUUAUUUUUAUGUUUAUAUAUUUAUAUAUUGUUACCAAAGUAAUUUUUAUGUGGAGAGAGAUUUAUUAGCAGGUGGUGCUUUUACUGCUAAAUAGAAGAGUACUUGUGGUAAUAACUCGGUCCCUUACUUGGAAAAGUAUUUGAUCUAUUUUGCCAGUGCCAUUYGUUUCGAUAAAUCACGAAAAUGGGUUUAUUUAGCAACUUAUUAAAGUUAUCAUUAGGCUAAUUUAAYAUAGUUUACGAAUUGUGAUUUUAUUUAAUUUGUUUUCUACUUAUUUAUUURGAAAUGCAAAAAAUCGAAACUAACAACAUGGAUCGAGACCAGGGUAGAAUUUAGUUGUUGUGAAUCAUUGGUUUAUUUUGUAAAAGUUAUGAACAUACUCAUUCGUUUUUGUAUCAGUUUUGCAACUUAAUAAAUCGUUUAAAUUUUAA